UGAGCCCUCAAUGACCGCUUUUAGUCACUACUGUAUACGUUUGAGGUACGAGUACUCGUAAAAGGUUAUUGGAUUCAAAUAUCGGAGAUUGCUGUCAUAAAGAUGUCAGAGGUGCCAGUGGAUAACAUAUUAGACAGUUUACAGGAGCCCAUUCCUAGAGUUGGUGUGACAGAUGCUGAGAGGGAACUUGCAAACAAUGCUCAUGUUGAAUUUGAAAAUAAACAAUAUGAUAGAUGUUUGAUGUCAUUAAACAAGCUUUCAGAAUUAAGGAAAAAUGACCCAAAGGUUCAGCAUAACAAUCUAGUGGCACAGUUUUAUCAUUCAAGCUGCAGAGGAAGUGAGGAAUUUGCCCAUAACUUACUACAGCUAAGGAGACAAAUUGAAAAAGACAGUGGUGAAACUGGAGAAGAAUUAGAUGACAUUGACACAGCCCAUCUGCUCUACAAUGAGUCAGUUAUAUACUUUCAUUUACGACAGUACACAAAGGCAUUGCAGAUCCUUGAGAGGUUGUUUAAGAUCGUCGAACCUCUGGAGGAGUCUCUUGGAUAUAAAAUCUGCUUCUUGCUCAGUGAAAUUUACUUGACACUCUACAAGGCUGAUAAAGGUCACAAUGUUCUAACAGUGUUGGAAGCCGUGGCAUUUGGAUCAAAUAAACCAGUAGAGUCUCAAAUGAUUCAAGGUGGUUUGCAAGUUCAACUUGGUACUGGAGGUCAAACUGGACCACAACCCAUAAAGGAGGUUGAUGAGUCCUUAAAACUACACAUACAUCAGCAUAAAGCUCGGUUGAAUAUUCUACUAAAAUCAAUGAAAGCCUGCAAGCGUGAAAUAAAGACAGUCCUGAACACGAACAAUGCGACACCAGAAGGACUUUUCCUCAAGGGCAACUUCGAAUUCCUGCGUCAGAAUUUUCGGAAAUCCAUCAAGCUGCUUAAUAGUGCACCAAAACCGAACGAUCUGGCAGAUCGAGGCCAGUCAGUGAGCACGAUGUAUUACAACAACUUGGGAUGUAUUCACUUCCAAAUGCACAAGUACAACUUGGCUGCUUUCUACUUCAGAAAGUCUUUACAGGAAAAUAACAAAGCCCUUUCCUCGCUUCCUCCUGCUGACAAGAAUGCCCCUGUAUCCAGCCGCGCCUUACUGACCCUUGGUGUUAGCCGCCGUCACGAGAUCCUCUAUAAUUUGGGAAUUCAGCUGCUGUUUUCUGGCCGACCUGUUGUAGCUUUUGACUGCCUGGUUGAAGCUGUUCAAAUAUACCACACAAAUCCUCGACUGUGGCUUCGACUUGCUGAGUGCUGUGUUGUAGCUUUUCAGUUGUCUGACGACUUUAGGCAACAGUGCAUCAAGAAGAGCGAUGUCGUUCAGGAUGUUGUAGGUUCAGGGCCGCAUCGUAAGAUUGUCCUUUCCCCUCAAACUGACAAACAGUGCGGUACUGAAGAGAACAAAGGUCAGUCUGCUGCAAUGCCAGCCUGUACACUUGCGUUUGCUUCUUUGUGUCUUCAAAAUGCUCUGAUGUUGUUGAAAAGUGCAGAGGUAACACAAGUCCAUGAAACAGAGAGUGUGCUGGAGAAUCAAUCAGGGAAAGAAGAUGAUUCACUUGGCCAGGAAAUGGACGCUUCAAGUGACAUUGGUGGCUUAAGUCGGUCCUCCUCAGUUCAAAGUGAAACAAGUAUCCCAGCUCCCCCCGGGCCACCAGUAAAACUUCGUGAGGUUCCACACUUGAGGUGCUCCAUUCUAGCGUGCAGUGCCUAUGUCGCGCUGGGAUUGGGAGACAAUGUGAUGGCCUUAGUACAUGCGCAGAAACUUCUCUCACAAUCCAAUCUUGUAGGAGCCCUCAAGUUUCUCGGUCAUCUUUACGCUGCCGAAGCUCUGAUCAAACAGAAUCGUUUACCGGAAGCCAUCAUGCAUUUGUCACCUGAGAAUAUCAGCAAUAUAAAUAUCAUCCCAGCCAGUACUUCAGCGGAAGUUGGAUCGGGGGAAAAUGUCGAUAAGGACAAGGAAACGACCAAGCCUCACGCUUGUGAGAAGAUGACUUUUCCAGAGUCUUUGAAUGAAGCCCGUUCCUCGUUCCUUGUUAAUCUAGCCGGGGUGUACAGUUUACAGAGCGAGUUUGAUAAGGCACGGAAGUGCUUACAACAGGCUUGUUCUCUCGGUUAUCCUAAAGACUUGUCUGCACGUGUUGUUUUACUGUCUGUGUACAUAGAGCUUCAAAGCGGGAACACCGCUGGUGCACUGCAGACGAUUAAAAAGCAUCAGGUUCUUCCGUUGAGCAAAGGGUUCAAGGCGGUGAAGAAGACACGUGGAGCUGACGUGUGGAAAACAUGAAGGAUCUCAACACUGUUGCCAGCGGAUGCUAAAUCUCAUGAGGGUCCUAACGGGGAUAACCUUUAGUGAUUACCUCGAACAAUCAAGUGAAAAGAAAAAUAAAAUUUCAUCGAACGAGUGGAUAUUGUCUAACUUCGAAUCUGCCCUUUUUAUUAUUAAUUUUUUUCUUAGCUGUCGAGGUUAAUGUUAUUCUAGAUCCUGUAUUAUUUCGCAGUCUGUUACUGGAUUGAAGCUCAAAAGAAAGUAUAAAUCAGUCUCUGCUGUUGAGUUAUUGUCGUAUUGAGGACCCCUAAGAGCGAGGCGAAUAGAGUUGAAUACAUGGAAAGGAAUCAACUGUGUGGACCUUAGUCUUCGAGAAACAAGCGGUGAAUUGUUGUAAUGCUAUAUUUUGGCUUUGUGGUGUAUUUUGUCGCCUAAAACGUAUUGUAGCCCGUUCGCACGCUCGCGGGAUUGUUCAUACCGUUUAAGCUUCCUUCUAUUUUUUCAGUUUUCUCAAGCCCUCCAAAAAGGUACUAAUAACAAGAGAGGAUUUUACCUUCUCUUGUAAUGAUAAUAGAGUUUAUGUUCUUGGGUAUAAAUAAGUUUUGCGUCCUUCUCGUGGCUUAUUUUUAUCCCAGCUAAAAUGACUCUGAAGGGCCCAGAACAUAUUUUUUCCUAAAAUAUGAAAUCUAUUGUUUUACAGUAGGCUGAUACAUAAUCUGAUCCGCUCAGUUUCCAGGCUAAAGUACCUUUGAAUUAAACUUGAGCCUGUA